AUGGGUCCAAAGAAAGAUCACAGCAACUACUGGUAUCCGGCUCUAUAUCACCAUGGCGCCGAUAACCAAUAUACGAAGGUGCCGUCAUCGUUGACUGUAUACUAUCACUUUGACCCCGUAAAUGGUCAGGCUCGAACGAUGUUCAACCAUAGUCAAAAGAUCAUGGCUGGCAAUCCAUUUCUGCGGCAUGAUGAUUUGGCCACCAACAAAGCAACCAAGUCUAUUCAAUGGUGGUGUCACGGCCCUCCUAGUGGCCCGGACCCAAAGCAGAGGGUCAGUUUCCCUGAGGGCGUGACUUCUUGUGGCAAACCAUACGCAUGGCCGGGCUUCUCGGCCGAAAUUUGGUUUCCUUUCUGUUACGAUGGUUCGGAUGAGUUUGAUGCUGCAGAUCCUAACAAGCACGUUACGUAUGGCGACGGAGAUAGUCCGCAAGGUGGGAACUGUCCCUCCACACAUCCUAUUGUCUUGCCACAGCUAUUUAUGGAAUUCCAUUUCAACAUCGAACAAUUCAAGGACGUGAAGAAGGCGGAGAGGCCCUGGGUUCUGGCUCCGGGCGAUCCAAUUGGCAGCGGUAUGCACGCCGAUUUUAUCAAUGGCUGGGAAGACGGAACAGGAAGUCUUGCAGACGCAAUGUCCGUUGACUCAUCAGGAAAGACCAAGUGCUACGUAGGGGAGAGCGGAGGGGGUGCAGGAGAGUGCUUCGAGUUAGUCGAUGAUGACACAAAAGCCAAAUGCAAAAUCGCACAGUCGAAGACGGAGGAUGUCGUAGGCCCAUUCGCUUCCCUGCCUGGGUGCAAUCCUGAGCAGGCUGGGCCCGGUGAUGCUACCCCUCAGUCAGGGAAUGGCUGUGUAGGUGGAGCCUCAUCCAACCCAGGUGGCAACAAAGCCCAGCCUCAAAUUUCGCAGACCACGUCCAUGCCGACGCCUGUCUCAUCUACACCAGAAGUACCACAACAGUCCACCCAUACAGAACCUACGGAAGGCACUCAAGGAAGCACUCAGGGGAACACCGAGGGGAACACUAAAGGAGGCUCCUCAAGCACGAGCGGUGGUGGCAAUCCUGCCUCAGUCUCCAUUACAAACGGCGAUACCUGGACUUAUCAAGGCUGCUAUUCCGACCUCGUGCCCGACCGUAAUGUGCGAGCACUAGGAACCUGGGGAACAGGCGCGACUUCCACUGACUGCGCCACUCACUGCGUCGGCGCCGGUUUCAGCAUCUCAGGCACGGAAUACGGUGGGCAAUGCUUCUGCGGCAACGCAUUGAAGCAGAGCAAGAAGCUAGAUGACGGUCAAUGCAAUAUGCGUUGCAAGAAUUCGAUGGAGACGUGCGGAGGGAAUAGCGCGUUAAGUGUUUAUGCUAAGCAGGGAGCCAAUCUGGGAUUGAAGAGGCGGGAGCAUUUGAGACACCAUCUCAAGCAUCAUGGCAGGUCGACGUGA